GGCGCGAUGGCGGCGGGGGCAAUGGUGGCGGCGGCGGGCGGCAGCGACUUCUCGGAUCUGCGGGAGAUCAAGAAGCAGCUGCUGAGUGUGGCGGAGCGGAGCCGCGAGCGCGGGCUGCAGCACAGCGGGAAGUGGGCUGCUGAACUUGCAUUCGCCCUGGAGCCACUGCCACUGAGCGAGCUGCCGCCUCCGCCCGUGCUCACCGAGGAGGAUGCUCGUGAUCUGGAUGCCUACACGUUGGCCAAGUCUUACUUUGAUCUCAAGGAAUAUGACAGGGCUGCCUACUUUUUACAGGGCUGCAAGAGCCAGAAAGCUUACUUCUUGUACAUGUACUCCAGAUACCUGUCAGGGGAAAAGAAAAAGGAUGAUGAGACAGUUGAUAGUUUGGGACCUCUGGAAAAAGGACAGGUGAAAAAUGAAGCUCUACGAGAAUUGAGAGUUGAGCUCAGCAAGAAACACAAGGCACAGGAACUGGAUGGAUUUGGCCUUUAUCUGUAUGGUGUUGUGCUGCGGAAACUGGACCUGGUGAAAGAAGCAAUAGAUGUGUUUGUUGAAGCUGCUCAUGUUCUGCCUUUGCACUGGGGAGCUUGGCUGGAACUUUGCAACUUGAUUACAGAUAAAGAGAUGCUGAAGUUCCUGUCCUUGCCAGAUACAUGGAUGAAAGAGUUCUUUCUUGCACACAUUUAUACAGAGCUGCAGCUGAUAGAGGAAGCUCUACAGAAGUAUCAGUCUCUCAUUGAUGCAGGAUUUUCCAAAAGCACUUAUAUAAUCUCUCAGAUUGCAGUUGCCUACCACAAUAUAAGAGAUAUUGACAAAGCUUUAUCGAUCUUUAAUGAGCUAAGGAAACAAGAUCCUUACAGGAUAGAAAACAUGGACACUUUCUCCAACUUACUCUAUGUAAGGGGCAUGAAGCCUGAGUUGAGCUACCUGGCUCAUAAUCUCUGUGAGAUAGACAAGUACCGUGUUGAGACCUGCUGUGUAAUUGGAAAUUAUUAUAGCUUGCGUUCCCAGCAUGAAAAAGCAGCACUCUAUUUCCAGAGGGCCUUGAAACUGAAUCCUCGUUAUCUAGGAGCCUGGACACUUAUGGGACAUGAGUAUAUGGAGAUGAAGAACACAUCUGCAGCUAUCCAGGCUUAUAGGCAUGCAAUAGAGGUGAACAAAAGGGACUACAGAGCAUGGUAUGGCUUGGGGCAAACCUAUGAAAUCCUCAAAAUGCCAUUUUACUGUCUCUACUACUACCGACGGGCCCACCAGCUCAGACCAAAUGACUCUCGUAUGCUGGUUGCUCUAGGAGAAUGCUAUGAGAAACUCAAUCAGUUGGUGGAAGCUAAGAAGUGCUAUUGGAGAGCUUAUGCUGUGGGAGAUGUGGAGAAAAUGGCACUUGUGAAACUCGCCAAGUUGCAUGAACAGCUGAAUGAAUCUGAACAGGCAGCUCAAUGCUACAUCAAAUACAUCCAGGAUAUCUAUUCCUGUGGGGAGGUAGUGGAGCACCUGGAGGUCAGUACUGCAUUUCGUUACCUGGCCCAGUACUACUUCAAAUGUAAGCUUUGGGAUGAAGCCUCAGCAUGUGCUCAGAAAUGCUGUGCCUUCAAUGAUACUAGAGAAGAAGGAAAAGCCCUGCUGCGCCAGAUCUUACAGCUUCGCAACCAAGGAGAAACAUCAUCCGCAGAUGUUGCCGCUCCCUUUUUCCUUCCGGCAUCAUUGUCAGCCAACAACACUCCCACACGUCGUGUCUCCCCCCUCAAUCUGUCUUCUGUAACUCCAUGAACAAUUCUGAUACCUCUGACUUGUGCAUUGGAUGUGACAUCGCAAGUGGGACAUGCAACCACUUCUUUCUCGGGAAAUUCCUCCUUUUGUUGUUGCCCUCCCAUAAAGGGAAGGAGUUAGCAGAGCCCACAGCUGAAGAGAGACGGGCCCCAACAGGGAAAGGGGAGCCUGAUGUCAAAGUGCCUGUGCUGCAGUGUGAGAACCUGCUCUACUUCUCACAAAGUCAUUCCAGUCAGAGGCCAGACAUGUCCCACUACACAGGACUGCUAAGUAAGGCAUUUGGAAGAGCUGUCUGCUUGAGUUAAAAUACAUUUUAAGUUUGAUUCUGCCAAGUUACCUCUGGUCUUUACUGCACUUCUUUGGAGGACCUCUUAGUGGUAUCACUGCUGUCCUCAUCAGAAACUGUUACCUAUCUUUCUACGUAAUGACUUUUGCUUGUCUUGAACUACACAGCAGUAGAAUAGGCACUUAGAGAUAGGUCCCAUGGAUAUGUUAAAGGAUUGGUAAAUGUCAGAGGAAUCCCAAGUAGCCUCAGGUGACAGCUGUCUGAGUUCUCACUGUAGAUCUGAUGGAUAGUUUUGUCUUUCAGUAGAAAAGCAGUUGGGAUAGCACAAUUGAAAAAUAAUGAAGUUACAGUUCUUGGGCUUUAUGGUUCAGGUUCCAUGUGUACUGUAGCAAUGGAAUCAAAUGAACUAUAAUGGAUGAUUUUGUUAAGAAGGCAAAAAGAUAAUUAUGCCUUUGUUUCAGAAUUUACAGCCUAUAAAUUUUCAGAAUUU